CAUGAUUAGAAAGAGGAAUAAAACAAAAUGAAAGAUUGCUGACAUUUGAUUCUGAAUAGAACUUCUCUAAUCUCAUCAUAUAACUGCUGCUUGAAAACGUGUAAUUAUUUAAAGUAUCUUUAUCACAGACCAGGACUCAAAGCGGUGAGGACAAAAGAAAAACUUCCAAAUAGAACCUAACAGAUAUGGAAAACCAGCAAAAGCUUGUUGACCCCUGCACAGUGGAUUCUCAUUUUCGAUACACUCUCUUUACUGUGUCAUACAUAAUUAUUUUUAUCUUUGGUUUCACUGCCAACUGCUAUGUUUUGUGGGUAUUUACUCGGGUUUAUCCAGCUAAAAGGUUGAGCGAAAUUAAAAUAUUCAUGAUCAAUCUGACUGUGGCUGACCUGCUGUUCUUGGUGACACUGCCUCUUUGGAUAGCAUAUUACCAUUAUCAAGGUGACUGGCUUAUGCCACCAUUUCUGUGCAAUGUGGCUGGCUGCCUUUUUUUCCUAAAUACUUAUUGUUCAGUGGCUUUUCUUGGAGUCAUUAGCUACAACAGGUUCCAGGCUGUGACACGGCCAGUGGAAACAGCUCAGUCAACUGCUAGAAUAAGAGGCAUCUGUGUCUCAACUGCUGUUUGGAUCCUUGUAUUUUCCAGCUCUUUAUUUUUCCUUAUUAAUCCCGGAACCAACACGGUUAAUAUUAAUGGUGUCAACUUUACUCGCUGCUUUGAAGGCUAUGACACUGAAAACAGUGGUCCUGUUGCCAUCAUCCACUUCAUUCUGGUUGGAGCCUUCUUUGUUGUGUUUGUCAUCAUUUUAGUAUGCAACCUUGUAAUUAUCAGGACAUUAUUAACCAAACCUAUCCAGGCCAAGCAGAGUGCAGAAAUGAAGCAUCGAGCUCUGUGGAUGGUGUGCGCGGUUAUGGGCGUGUUUGUCAUAUGUUUUGUCCCUCACCAUAUUGUAGAUGGCCCAUGGACUUUGACUGUCCUGAGAAUGUGGCAUGAAAAUGACUGCAGUUUCCGCCAGACACUGAAUGAUGUGCAUCAGGUGACACUGUGUUUAAUGAGCACAAACUGCAUGCUAGAUCCAAUUAUCUACUGUUUCCUCACCAAGAAGUUCAGAAGACAUUUCAGCGAGCACAUCAAGAGUCUAAAACACAGCCGAGCAGCCAAUCCACACGAGGGCCAAGACCCAAUUCGAGAGCCACAGCAACUGAAUAUGGGACAAGGAAUGCUUGAAACAGAGGAUCCUGUGCAGCCAUAAGUGUUUAAAUGAUUCUCAGCAUCUAUCCUUGGUAUGUUUCAAGGAUAAUCACAUUUGAUUCUAGGUAGGACACUGAACCUUCAUGCCAUGUGAGAUUUAAAACUAGGCCAUUCUUAAAGGAACACUAUAGUGCUAUGAAUGCAAAAAUGUAUCCCAAACACUAUAGUGUCCUAGUCACUGUUUAGGUGACCAGGCCGCUGCUGCUAGGAUCAAAAAGGUGAUUUUACAUACCAUUUCUCCCUCGCAGCACCGGUCUCCUCAGGGAAUCUCUACCUCUUUGGCUGAGAUCAUCGAAACCAGUGAUCUCAGCCAAUACAUUGGGUGGCUGGUGUGCAUGUGUGGCAAAACACUGUGCUUCGCCAAUCCGAUGGUCUAUCUGGGACCAUGUGAUAGAAAUAGUGGCAUUUUACUUCACUAUUUUGCAGAAGCAUCUCUAGUGACUAUCAGUAUGACAGCCACUGGAAUUAGGUUAACCCUGCAAUGAAAACAUUGCCGUCCCUGCAGAACGGCAAUGUUUUCAGCUGCAGGGUUAAGACGGAGUUGACAUAGCAUCCAUACCACCUCGCUGGGAUGAAGUUAUCUUGGUGCCUAUAGAGUUCUUAUGAAAGCCAUAGUGGUAUAUGCCACUUACAUAAUAAGGAUCCACGCACUUUAUUAUUAUUAUUAUUUAUUUAUUUUUACAAAACAUAUCUAAGAUGAAAACAAGCAACCUAGAUACCUGAGAGUUUUGUAUUUGCUGCACUGUAUUGCACAUUGUGUUUUUUGUUUCAUAAAAGAUCUGCUAAAAAGCAGCCAUUCUAGACAGAUUGUCAUAUGGGACACAACAUGUAAAAUAAUUUACAAGACUUACAUACAAUAACAUAUGUAAGAACAUUAAAUCAACACACAUAUCAGGGCUCAAAAUUUUGCUAUUGGUGAGUGAAAAUUUAGCCCUAGCAAAUAGCCUGAUGAAUUCACUUGCACAUUCACAGACUUGCAGUGACAAGUAUCCUUUAAUGCCUGGCUUGUAGCAUUAAACUAGCAGCAACAGUGAGAUUUAGGUAUCUAAACCUGUCCCUUGUGGGCACCGCCAUCCUCUUGUUCCUCUUCUUUAUCGCUGUACAUGCAUGCAUAAGGAGUACAGCAUUGAGAUCUAUGGAGAAUCCAGCGAGAAAAUCCAUAGAAAGAGCUUUAAGGACCACUAUAGUGCCAGGAAAACAAACGCGUUUUCCUGGCACUAUAAGGUCUUUAGGUCUCCCCCACCCUCAGGGUUCCACUCCCGCUGGGCUGAAGGGGGCUGAAGGAGUUAAAACACUUACCUUUCUCCAGCGCCAGGCUCCCUCGGCGCUGGGGAACUCUCCUCCUCCUGCCGCUGUCAUAGCUGAAUGCGCAUGCGCAACAAGAGCCGUGCACGCAUUCAAACCGCCCAUAGGAAAACAUUGCUUAAUGCUUUCCUAUAGACAUCAGCAACUUCUCACUGUGAUUUUCACAGUGAGAAUAGCAGAAGCGGCCUCUAGUGGCUGUCAGUGAGACAGCCACUAGAGGCUGGAUUAACCCUAGUGUAAACAUAGCAGUUUCUCUGAAACUGCUAUGUUUACAGCUGCAGGGUUAACACUAGAGGGACCUGGCACCCAGACCACUU